CAAAUGAUAACAGAGAUUUUGAUAUUUUUACUUCCGAUUUGUUUGUGAGUCAAGAAGAAUUUACUUAUAAUUUUGACAACACUGAGCAGACUUUUGUCGACUUAAAAAAAGAAUUACAACACAAUUUGCAGCUAGCUUUUAUAAUGAAUUGUCAAUGAAUAGAAUGCAUGUACAAGAAAUUGUUGAUUCUACACGUAUGUUUGUCAAUAAAAUAAUAUUUUCAUAUCUUAAACCAAAUAUUCUAGAUUUGAUCACAAACGAUAGUGUAAUCCAGAAUAAAAUUGAGCAAAUUUUUAACUUAUUUGAAAAUCCAUUUGAAUCACUUGAUACAGAAUUCAAACGAUUUAAAUAUUUUAAAGAACAAGAUACCUUAAUAGAACCAGAAUCGUAUGUAAUUGGACAGCAAAAUAUCGGGAAAAAAAUUGGUUCAAAUUACACGAUUGUACCUCCCAAUGUAACCGGUCAAUAUAUAUCUGUAAAAUCAGUAAUACAAAAAUUAUUUGCUCUUCCUGGUUUCUUACAACAAAUUUUAAAUUAUAUGCGAAACUUAUCAAUGGAAUCAAAUGGUAUCUCAAAUAUAAUUCAGGCUCAAUUAUUUAAAAAAUUACAAGAAAAGUAUCCGAAUAGGAUAAUUAUUCCUCUUAUAUUUUAUUACGAUGAAUUUGAAGUAAAUGAUCCACUUGGCUCACGAACUGGUACUCAUAAAAUUGGUGCUGUAUAUUACUCUUUGCCAUGUAUACCUCCACAUGCUCAAUCUCAUCUUCUUAAUAUACAGAUUGCAUUACUAUUUAACAGUAGUGAUCGAAAAGAAUUUGGAAAUCGAAAGAUUUUUCUACCACUUAUUAAAGAACUGAAAUUUUUACAUACACAUCCAGUUUACACGACAAAGGAUAACAUUGAUGUUUAUGUAAAUUGUUCUUUAUUUGUAGCAGAUAAUCUUGGUCGUCACGAAAUAGGUGGGUUUGUUCAAUCUUUUUCGGCCAAUAGCCCAUGUUCAGUAUGUAAAAUAUCUCGUAACGAAUUACUGAGUGCAACAUAUGAAAAACCUGAACUUUUGCGUAAUAUAGAAAAUUACAAACUUGAUGUUGAAAAUAAUGAUGUUACUACAACUGGAAUAAAUGAAGAAUGUGUAUUUAAUGAAAUAGAAGAUUUUCACAUUUUGGAGAGCAAUUGGACACAUUUUGGCUCUUGAUAUCAUGCAUGAUAUUUAUGAAGGAGUUUGCGAGUACAAUCUGUCUCAAAUUAUAUUGCAGUAUAUUACAAAUUUAAAACUUUUUACACUUCAAGAUCUAAAUGAUCGUAUUGGAGCUUUUGACUUUGGCGUAAGUGAAUUGAGCAAUCGAAUUCCUUUUUUAAAAAAAGAAAAAUUAAAUAAGUAUUGUUUAGGUUUUUCAGCAACUCAAAUAAUGCGUUUUACGAAAUAUUUUGGUCUCAUUAUUGGCGAUUUUGUACCUCUAAAUGAUUCUCAUUGGGAAUUAUACCUUAAUCUAAGAGCGAUAAUUGAUAUUUUAAACGCUAGAUCUUUUUCAUUGCAAGAAGUUAAAUAUUUGCAAUGUUUGGUAACGGAACAUCAUGAAAUUUACAUUAGAUUAUUUGGAAACACUUUAAAAACAAAACAUCAUAAUAUGUUGCAUUACACACAACUUAUGCUUCGUGUAAGACCUUUAAUGAAUCUUUGGUGUAUGCGUUUCGAGGCGAAACAUAAAGAGUCAAAGAUAGAAUCACAUAUUAUAACUAGUAGAAAAAAUUUGCCAUUUACUCUUGCGUUGAAACACCUGUUAAAAUUGAAUUAUAGAUUACUUAAUGAAAUUUCAAUAACUGAUGAAAUGUCACUCGGGCCAAGUGUUUCUACAGAUUCUGCAUAUUCUCACCCUCAUUUUGAUUUGUUCAAAGAAUAUUUACCAAAAACUUAUACAAUUGUUUCAUGGAUUAAACUUCAAAGCAUUUUAUUUAAACCACGAUUUGUAUUAAAUUUAAAUGUAACGGAUGUGUUACCCGUUUAUGGUAUUAUACAUUUUAUUUGCUUAAAUGAAGCAAGAAAACCAUUUUUUAUUUUGCAAAUUUUAAAAACACUUAGUUUUUCGAGACAUUUGUACGCUUAUCGCGUUUCAUUUACGACAAAAUGGAAAACUUUAAAAUGUAAUUGUAAGUCAGUUAAUAAGUACAACGUUACUUCGUUAGUAAAAUCAAUUGAUGGCGAUUAUUUUGUAAUACAAGAAUAAAAUUCUCUACCAUAAAUAUGGUUGUCAUUAAUAUAUUUUUAUUUAAGGCAAAAAAAACAUUUUGGUUGUAAUAACUAAAUAAAAGGAACCAAAUUUUUUGGUUCAAGUAACCAAACAUUUGGUUAAUCACAUAUUAACCAAAUUAUUUGGGUCGGUAUAUCAAAUUUUUGUUACAUCUACAAAACUGUUUUUUCUGUGCAGAUUGUUCGAAGAAGGAAUGUGAAGAAGCUAUUAAAAAAUGACUCAGAAGAGCAAAAGAGCGCGACGAUAAUAUGAAAAAACACCUUCAGGAUAAUUAAGGUCUUUAAGUUAUUUGCAAACUUUCUUCUGUUUUGCUCCAAGCAAACUUAGAUGCGAGCAUUAGUCAUUUAUAAUAAUUGUUUUCAAUUUAACAAUCUUGGUUAGUUUGAAAGUGUUUUCUAAAAGACUGUGAUGUAACUAAGUCGGAUUCUAAAAAAUUACUUUUUUUGAAGAUUAAUAUAUACUUAUAUAUACUCUAGUGUUUAGAUAUUUUACAUACACACACACACACACACACACACACACACACACACACACACACACACACACGCACGCACGCACGCACGCACGCACGCACGCACACAGCAGGCAAUUUAUAACAAAUUAUUGCAAUUUCAAGAACGCACAUGUCUUUAUUUUAAUUUAUAUUUCAUUAUAUGCGAUACGAUGUUUUCAACAAUACAUUUGGACGAUUAUAUGAUUUAUUUUAAUUGCAUCAUAUGCAUUACUAUACCAUUGAUAACUGAAAUCAGUGUUACCGAGUUGAAACACUAUUUGAUUACUUUUCAAGAUAUAUUUACUUUUGUUAUUCGUUAUCUUUUCCUUCUUUUUUUUCCAAUUAAACAUUGUGAUGAUAACAUAAUGCCUCAUCAGAUAUUAUAUAAUCUUAUGAGAUUGAUGAGACAUAUGUAGUUUAAUACGUACGUAAUAUGAAUGUUUGUCAUAUGAAAAAUAAUGAUAUGCGAAUUUCAUGCUAAUUAAAAAUAUGAUUUUAUAAAAUGUGAUAUAAAAGAACAAAUAUGUGCAAUAAAUUAACAAAAUUAAUUUUA